UUGACAUACAGGUAUUUGUGGUCAUGAGUUGAGUGAAGAAUGAAAGGGAAAUCAAUGCAGAUGGUUAUGUUUUAUAUAGUUUUGUGGCCUUUUUAUGCACAUUCUCUGUUAGAUUGCUUUUUGAUGGACAAAUAACUCCUCGCAUUCUUUCUCCAUAUUGUAUUGGAGGCAAACAUGGAUGCCUAAUUUUUCCCAAGCCUCUGCACACAGCUCUUUUCGCCUUGAGAAAAACCUGACCUUAACUGCUGGUGGGUGGGUGUGUUUCAUGCGACUGGCAUCAUGCCUACCAGUUUGUUGUCCACCAACACUGCCCCCUUUGAGUCACAGAACAGACACGCAUCUCAUCCCAGCGAAGUGUGGGACACAGCUGUCCUCACACAAGUCAUAUGACUAACGACAGCUUUAAGGACCGAGUUGCAGUUCAGACUAUGACCAGAUGAUGGCAACACAUCUCCAAACAGCAGUGCUGUCAAAUGAGCGCAGGUGUAAACCAAAAGCAGUAUGAGAUACUGGACCCAUCAGGACAUCGACUUUUAACAUCAGGCCUCUAUUAAAAUGAAUUAACAUUCAGACGGUAUCGGGGUCAGCUGCACUCUAUGCUAAUCUCAGCCGGACGUGAAGAGCCCUCUGUUCUGACCCUGUGUCAGUCCGCUUUGGGAAAUAACCGGUUGGUAGGCAUGUGCGUCCAUUCCGCCGGGGUUAGGGGGAGGAAACAGGAUUCAGUCAAAAAAAAUUGCCUCAUUAUACUUUCUGCAUAAAGCUGUUGCUUUGUGUGGUAGCAUGUGCAGCCAUGCCUAAAAAGACAUUGAAAACGAAUUAUGUUUUACCAAUAAGUCAUAGAAAAUUGAACAUGUUUUGUAUGAUUUCUAUUAACCAUGACGAAGACUUUUGUGUGUGUUGUAAAACCAUAGCAUUUACUAUGGUCUAAUAUAGUUUAAUUUGCAUUAAUGCAUGUUCUUCUCAAAAGCAUUGUUAGUAUGCUAUACAUUUUUACAUUGCUACCAUUUUAACUGCAUUUUAUUAUAAUAAGAUUUUGGAGAUUAUUACUUUUUGCUAUUAGUGGUUAGCAUACAAGGAAAAAUAUUGUUUUUAUUACAUUUUCGGUAAAUGUGUAGCAACCAAGUUUUUGAUGUUAUCUUUAGGUCAUUAUUUACCAUGCUACCGUGUUAAAACCAUGGAUAAUUUGUUGUUAUCAUAUUUAUGUUACCUUUUUGUAGUAAAACCAUAGUUCAUUAUAUAAAUCAGAAUUGCAUAUAUAUAUAUAACCCUGGUAAUAACCAAAUAUCAUAAAUGGACAAACUCUUUAAUAUGUAGUUAAGGCAUUAAAUGAUUUUAUUUCCAGUGUAGGCUAUCAUAGAGUUUCGAUGCAGUGUGUGGUCCUUACUGUAAACAGAAAAUAGCCUAUAAAUCCUACAAACUAACAAACAUGCACAUUCAUUUUGGAAGCAGCAAUGGACCCCACAAAUAUUGUUUGUUAAUAGUCCGGUUUGGGUUUGUAGUUUCACCCAACGACCUAAUGGUGAUUAAUUCAGGCAAAACACACCGCCUCCACUUUGGUGAUGCGAAUGAACAUUCGCACUGAAUGUAUCCAGUCACUGACUGUGUCUUUUGUCCUGUUUGACAGACUCUUAAUUGGCGCCGCGGCUCUUUGAUCACGCAGAUUAAAUGAAAUUUGAGAGUCAUUUUUCCCAAACAGCCGUGGGAGUACAUACGGAAACAAACCACUAGCAAAAAUGUCCAUAUAGCGCAUUACGGGUCCGUUGAACGCGUGACAACAGAAAAUCGAUUAAAAGUUUAAUUUUCUUUUUAAUUAAUAAAUUGUAGUAAUGAUCACCGCUGGGUGGGAUGUUUUUUUUCUGUUCCUACGGACUUUUUUCUGACUGAAUCCCCAAAUACUGAUGGCGCGUUAACUAAUUGCCAUCAGGAUCCAAACGGAAUACAAGGUGGCGGAUAUUCCCAUUCAGAGGACACACCCUCUGGCAACUCGACUGCUAGUGUUUCCCACGGUGAUGUCUGCUUACUCCGAAAGCGCAAACUCGCUCAUCAUUCGCUCUUUUCUCUGUGAUUUCACUUCGCUUUCAUCACAGGUUUAUAAUUUGCCGCUGCGCCAAAGGCACCGGAACAGCCCAGCAGUGCGCGCACUGAGGUUACGCCAGGGUGAAGAACUGCGCUUUCAGUGGGAGGGAAAGUAAAGGAGAUGAAAACUCAGGUCAGUGAGCCAGCAGGUCGGGGAUUCAAAGCUUCUUAACUGUGGAAGGUGGAAGAAGGAAGAGCUAGAGGAGGAGGAGGAGAAGGUGAACCCACCCUGGACUCCGUACGGAGUGUGGAAAGCACCGGUGUGCGAGACAGAUAGGUGGUCUGACCAUCUACCCGUGCACCUGCUACCAAAAUUGGUUUUGCUCAUUUUCACGCAGUUCUCUUCGAGAUGGACAUGUUUACAGUGUAUACGGGUCUUUAAGCAGGAGAUGCUGUUCCGUACGCGCAAAACAAGUCAGAAAAUGUCUGCAAUGAGAAUGUACAGGGAUCGAAAGAGUUGGCACUCCUGGGAGAAAUCGAGUAUGGACAGAAGGAAUGAGGUUAGGGCGAUGAUAAAGGAUGUUGAACGGGGACAGCAAUGGACCGUGAUCUUUCUGGUGUCGCUCGCUCUGCAGCCGCAGGUGGCGUGCGCACUGGGCACAUUUGAAGUGCAGAUCCGACAUUGGCUGAACCCUCAGGGCACUCUACAGAACGGUGAGUGCUGUGACCCCCAGGUCAGCGGGGGGCAGCGGUGUUCAUCAGGUGAUCAGUGUGACACCUUCUUCAAGGCCUGUCUGAAGGAGUAUCAGGCUCGAGUCGCACCUAUUGGCACUUGCACAUAUGGUACCAGCAGCACAUCUGUACUGGGAGGCAACUCCCAUACCUUACAUCACCACGGGAACGAGGGGGUCGACAGUAGAUAUGGACGGAUUGCCAUUCCUUUUAAACAUGCAUGGCCGAAAUCGUUUUCACUUGUGAUUGAGGCACUGGAUCAUGACAACGAAACAUCGGAGUCAGGUCGGGAGGAAUUAAUAGAGCGAGUGUUGCUGUCCUCCAUGCUAAACCCGGGUGAACAGUGGCAGUCUUUCCCCCAUCAUGGCCGCAUGUUCACACUUGAAUAUCGUCUACGCUUCCGCUGCAAUACCAAUUACUACGGCCCAUUCUGCAACAAGCUGUGCCGUGUACGCGACGACUUUUUCGGCCAUUUCGACUGUGAUCCUUCUGGUACCAAAGUGUGUAAGGAGGGCUGGACUGGAGCAGAGUGCACACAGGCGUUGUGUAAGCAAGGAUGUCACUUGGAACACGGCACCUGCGAUGAGCCUGGAGAAUGCAAGUGUCAUUAUGGCUGGAAGGGUGACCUGUGUGAUGAGUGCGAGACGUUUCCUGGGUGUGAUCAUGGCACUUGCACUGAACCCUGGAAGUGUAUGUGUGAUACAAAUUGGGGCGGCCUGCUCUGUGAUAAAGAUCUGAAUUAUUGUGGUAAUCAUCAACCAUGUAAGAAUGGGGGUACUUGUACCAACACCGAACCCAACGAGUACUUCUGUGUUUGUCAGGAGGGUUUUCAUGGCCGCAACUGUGACAUCGUGGAGCAUGCGUGUCUCUCUAACCCAUGUGAGAAUGGUGGAACAUGUAUUGAAGACCCAACAGGAUUCAGCUGUGUGUGUACACAGGGCUGGAAGGGACCCACCUGUGCCGCCUCACUGUUGCACUGUGACUCCAGUCCUUGUGGGCUUGGGGCUACGUGUCAAGAGACGCCUCAGGGUUUUCAAUGUCGGUGUCCUCCAUUCUGGACCGGAAGAACCUGCCAGCUCGACACUAAUGAAUGUGAGAUUGGUGUGUGUGUCAAUGCUCGCUCGUGCCGUAAUCUGAUUGGAGGAUAUUUGUGUGACUGCCUUCCUGGUUGGUCAGGGCCAAACUGUGACAUUCGGAACAGUAGCUGCCAGGGUUUGUGUCUGAAUGGAGGACGCUGUGAGAACUCUCAGUGCGAAUGCGUGUCAGGGUUCUCUGGGAAACACUGUCAGGUGGUGCUGAAUGCCUGUGACAGCAACCCCUGUGUGAAUGGAGGGCACUGCGUGGAGCGUCACGGUGGCAGAGGCAUGUUCUGUAGCUGUCUGAUGGGAUACAGUGGCACUUAUUGUGAGUCUGUGCUGGAUGUUUGCAAUCCCAACCCUUGCCCGAAGGGGGUGCCAUGCAGCAGUUCAGAAGGAGGCUACACGUGUGACUGUCCUGAAGGAUACUUUGGAAACGAGUGUGUGAGCCUUAAGGAGUCAUGUCAAGGUCCCCAUUGCCAAGGAGCGAUUUCAAAUCCAGGUGGAAGUGGAUUUAGUUUGUAUAUGGUGUUGGUUGGUGUUUUUGCUCUGCUCGUGGCAGGCGGCUGCUCUGUGUGCACACUUUUGCUCUCCCGUCUGCAUCACCGUCACCGUACCAAAGAGCAGAAGCGCACUUCCGUGCCAGACGACAACGCCAUCAACAACCAGCGGCAAUUCUGCACUCUCAUCCGUAACCUCGACCACAGCGUGGCCCUCCUACCUCCCGCCCAAACAGUGCCCACCUCAGUGCCUGCGCCCUGCAGCGAAGAGAUUGAACUUACUCUCCCUCCCUCGCCCGCACCCUCCCCAGCUCUGAAACCGGCCCACGGGCCAAAGUUGGACAUAAGCAACCGUGAGCGGGAGAAACUAAAUCGGAUCCACAAUGCAGACAACCAGGAACUGGAGGUGUGACCGUUUCUCGACCGCCGGGAGGGAAACUUCCUGGCUUUGAGGAUUGUGCUCGAUGUGGAUGAUGUUUGUUAAUUAACCUCUGCUGUUGAACCUUGGUCUCUGAGCUUUGCACUAUGAAGACCAGAGACUGUUCAAUCUGAGAAGAGAAUAUUGGCACAGGACCAAUCCAUUGUCAGCUGAGGUCCCUAUAUUGACAGGUCAAAAUGAGCUUAUGAGGACAGCGUUUUAAAGGCCAGUCGCUCAACCUUUUUUAAUUUUGGAUAUUUAAGUGUAUUUUAUUGUGUUUACAGUUGUGCCCUUCAUAUUUGUACACCUUUGUUUGGUUGUUCAUAAGCGUGGUUGUGUUUGUGUGUGCGUGCAUUUGUGAGUGUGUAACAGAGAUGGAGCCUCUUAAAACCUUUUGAGAUCAAAUAAGCAUGAUCUAUGAGUCUCAUAAGUGCAUUUCUAGAUUAUAUUUUGUAUCUUGAUCUGGAUUUGGGUCAAGUGUAAAGGUCUUAUUUAAGACUCAAUAUGACUUUGACGAAUACAGUAGUUCACCCAGAAUCAAAAUGUUCAUCUACUCACUCACAUGCCAUGUCAGGUGUACAGUAUACUGUAUAACUUUCUUCAGCUAAACAAAGUUAUUUUAAAUAACCUCAACGCCAAGGGUCACGUAGAAACCAUCCUAAAUUUGAUUUUACGAUCAUUUCUCAAAGUGCGUACGCGUGAUUCAUAGAACGAACGUAUGCACAGAAAAUGUUUGUACAACUCUCUAUUGGAUGUGAAAUCUACAAAUCGCAAAUUAUUGUGAAAUUGCGCACAUCUGAACAGUUUUAGAUCUCCGCCUUUUAAUGAUUUAAUGUAAUUGAUAUAUGAAAGAGCAUCUGUCAACGUCCAACUCCUAUACAAGCGGCAAGAAUGACUUUUAUUUCCAAAAAACCUGCAGCACUCGGACAAGAAAAAGUAUGUGCGUCUGCUCAGACCCUGAUGUGGUGCUAAGCACUCUUUCACGUCAAAGAACGUUUUUAUACAUAUGAACGUAGCCGUGUAUUUUUGCGUAUCAAGUCUGUGCGUUCGCACGUUUUAUAAAUAAGGUCCCACGUCUAGGGGGGCAUUGAUGCCCCAGAUUUUUAUUGGGCCCCUCCAAAUAAAUUCAACUGACACCUUAAACAAUUGAACUAUUACAUAAUUCUUAUAUGUAUUAUCUAUUAAACGAUAAUCUGUCAAUUUAAUCACAGGAACUGUGACCCAGUCUGUUAAAACCAAGCUGACUUUUCUAUCACUCUUAAAAAUGUUGGGUUAUUUCAGCCCAUGUUGGGUCAAAAAUGGACAUACCCAACUGUUGGGUUGUUUCAACACAAAAUGCUGGUUUGUUUUAACCCAUUGUUUGGUCAAAUAUAAAAAUAAUUGGGUCGUUAAUUUAACCCAACGAUUGGGUUUGUCCAUUUUUUUAUCCAAUGGGUUGAAAUAACAGUAUAUAUAAUAGUGUAUAUAAAACAGUUUUUUUAUAUAAAAACCAUCCAACAUAGUUUAGAGAACAUUUUGUGAAAAUAUAAUCUUGGAAUCAAUGAUAUUCACUGAGAAAAGCCAUGUCAAAAAUAAAUGUAUGUUGUUAUGUAAAAUGAAUGAUUGAAUUCAAACUUUAAGGCUUUUUAUCUCAGAAUUAGAUUAAGGACUUUCACAGACCGGGUCACAUAUGAUAAAUGUAGUUGUGGGUUUUAUACAUGGAAAAUUAUGUUUGUGUAAGACAGAUUUUCAUAUUUCAAAUUUUUUAAACCUUAAACAUUAGCUUCUGGUAAGCGGUUAUCAACACAUUCUUUAACACCUCAAUCAUCUCUUAAAGCUCCUUCAAAUAUUAUGGAAUAAAAAUAGCUCCUAUCAUUCUUACAAAAAUGUUGCCAUACUUAUUUUGAUGACGAUGUAAAAGUUGUUUACAAAACAUGGGUUUAAAAUUUUUUUUUCUUAGAACUCAAAAUGAUCACAUUCUACCAAUUAUUAAAUGCCAAAGUCUUUAAACCAUCCUGUAUGAACGGUAGCUUUUCUGUCUGCCAAUAAGAGAAACAUGGCAUGACUGAUUGACUUUGACACUGACGUUUUUUAACAUACUGUUGAGUCCGUUUUGUAGCUUUGUGUUCUUAUAAAGACUGACCACACAAUGGAAACUGCAGUCAGCAAUCCAUAUUUUGGAGUGUUUCUGCUUCAAUCUUCUCCAGUGCAUUGGAAGUGGAAAUACUUUUGAAAACCUGCACCUGCAGAGAUGUGCACGAAGCAAAUCAGAUUUUAGACAAUGAACACUGCAGUAUAUUCAUCAUUUAUACGCGUGAGUUUGUUACAAUAGACAAUCUGCUUUUUGGACUCGCAGAUAUGGUCUUAGUCUAGAUUUUGCUCUUGUGGUGCUUUUCUGUGUCUUGGGUUUGGGUCUGGGCUGGUUUUAAAUGAACAGAAUGGCUGUCUUUGUGGAUGGAUAAAUUUGCCAUACAUUGCCAUAAAGCUGUGCACCAUUAUCAUUAUCUUGGAACUCCCUGGCUUUUUAAUUUUUGCAAGAAAAUGUAAACUGUGGAUUUGUGCCCGUGAUUGACAUUAGAACAAAUUAUGGAGAAGAUGGCAGCAAAGACUGACGAAGUGGAACUGGACGUCUUUAAAAGUCUCACUAAUUAUUGCCUUUUAUGUUGAUGAUGUAUGAUUUUUAUAAUACAUGGAUGUAUAUAGCGCCAUUGUAUAUAUUUUGUACAUAUAACGUUUUUUUCCCAUUUUGUACUCUGGAUACUUGCAAAACGUCACCAUUUUAAUUUCCUAUUUCCACUCCGAGGGUAUUUGCCGCAAGAUCGGAUUGUAAUUAAAGUGCAGUUAUCAACCAAAGCAAAUAGUUGUUUUUGUGAGUGUAUGAGUGGAUUUUAUUAGCAUUGUAGAAUGACUAUAGACUACUUUGGAAGACGUAAACAACUCUGGUCCAGAACUUUCUGUUUCAGUUUUUAAACCUACAUAAACAUUUGAAGAGGAAUACACCAUACAGAAUGUUCAGGACUGAAUCAAAAUGUAAAUCAAAAUUCAAGAUGUACUUAUAUAUGUAAAAAAUACUGUUUUAACCAGUGUUUACAUUUUGCGAAGUGGUCUAUACUGGGGUGUAUG